UUUUCGGAAACGUCGAAAUGCUCCGACCACUCCAGCCCCUCGCCGCCGCCUCCUCCGCCGCCUCCCGUCGAAGCCUGGUCCCGCGCCUCCUCCUGCGCCAGCAGCCGCUCCUGCGUCGCCUCAGCUCCUCGUCGCGCACCGGCUCGCGGCCAGGGGCUGGCGGCGGCAGCGCGGGUUCCGGCGGCAGCGGCGGUGGUGGCCAGUCCUCGUCUAACGCGUGGGUCAACCCGCUCAACCGCGUGCCCGGCGGAGGCGGCGACAAGGGCGACGCGCUGCACAAGUACGGGAGCGACCUCACGGCGAUGGCGCGCGAGGGCAAGCUCGACACGGUCGUCGGCCGCGACGAGGAGAUCCGCAGGACGAUCCAGGUGCUCUCGCGCCGGCGGAAGAACAACCCGGUGCUGAUUGGUGAGCCGGGCGUGGGAAAGACGGCCGUGGCAGAGGGGCUCGCCCAGCGCAUCGUCGACCGCGAGGUACCCGACUCGAUGCGCUCGCGCCGGCUGAUUGCCGUCGAUAUGGGCACGCUGCUCGCGGGCGCAAAGUUCCGCGGCGAGUUUGAGGAGCGCUUCAAGGGCGUGCUCAAGGAGGCGGCCGACUCGGAGGGGGAGGUGAUCCUCUUCAUCGACGAGAUCCACUCCGUGAUGGGCGCGGGCGACGCCGACGGGGCGAUGGACGCCUCCGCACUCCUCAAGCCGCAGCUGGCGCGCGGCGAGAUAGCCGUCGUCGGCGCGACCACGCUCAACGAGUACCGCGCGAUCGAGAAGGACGCCGCGCUCGCGCGCCGCUUCCAGCCGGUGAUGGUGGCCGAGCCCACGCCCGCCGAGUCGCUCACCAUCCUGCGCGGCAUCAAGGAGAAGUACCAGGCCCACCACGGGGUACACAUCACCGACGCGGCGCUCGUCGCCGCAGUGGCGCACGCGAAGCGGCGCGGAGGCGCUGCGGAGCGGGAGCGAGGCGUGCACGUCACGGCGCGGAGGGGCGAGAUCCGCCGGCUGCUGCACGCCAAGCAGGCGACGGCGCAGGAGCUGGGCGCCGCGUGGAGCGCGCAGCGGGAGACGCUCGAGCAGCGCAAGGCGGCGCGCGCGAGCCUGCAGCAGGCGCGCGCCGACCUUGCCGUGGCGGAGCGGGACGGCGACCUGGUGCGCGCGGGCGAGCUGACGUACGCGAUCAUCCCGCGGCUCGAAAAGGAGUUCUCGCAGUGGAGCGAGGCCGCGGGCGGCGGCGCGGGCGGCGAGGGCGCCGAGACGGGCGAUUCCGACGCCGCGCUCUUGUCGGAGCAAGUGACGGAGGCGCAUAUCGCCGAAAUCGUGGCGCGCGCGACCGGCAUCCCUGCGGCGAGGCUUGUUGCGGGCGAGCGGGAGAAGCUGCUGCAGAUGGAGGCGACGCUCGCGCGGUCCGUCAUCGGGCAGGACGAGGCGCUCGCCGUCGUGUCGAACGCGGUGCGAGUCUCGCGCGCCGGGCUGCAGUCGUCCGAGCGCCCGCUCGGCACCUUCAUGCUGGUCGGGCCGACCGGCGUGGGCAAGACGCACCUCUGCAAGGCGUUGGCCGAGUUCCUCUUCGACUCGGCCGACGCGGUCACGCGGCUCGACAUGUCCGAGUUCAGCGAGAAGCACGCCGUCUCUCGCCUCGUCGGCGCGCCGCCCGGCUACGUCGGGUACGACGAGGGCGGCCAGCUGACCGAGGCGGUGCGGCGGCGGCCGUACUCGGUGCUGCUCCUCGACGAGUUCGAGAAGGCGCACCGCGAGGUUGCGACGCUGCUGCUGCAGGUCCUCGACGAGGGCCGCCUCACCGACUCGCAAGGCAAGACGGUCGACUUCCGCAACACGAUCAUCAUCAUGACGUCCAACUUGGGCGCAGAGGCGCUCGCGUCGCUGCCGGAGGGGGCCGCCUCCUCCAAGGCGCGGCCCGAAGUGCUCAAGGCGAUCGCGGACGCCUUCCCGCCCGAGUUCGUCAACCGGCUCGACGAGAUUGUCCUCUUCGAGCGGCUCACCCGCGAGCGCAUCGCCGCCAUCUGCGCUGUCGAGGUGCAGCAGCUGCGGGAGCGCCUCUCUGCGCGCGGUGUCCGCCUGCGCCUCUCCCCGGACGCCCUGCUCCGGCUGGCGGAGGCCGGGUACGACCCGGCGUACGGCGCGCGGCCGGUGCGGCGCGCCAUCCGCCACCACCUGCUCGACCCGCUCUCCCGGCUGCUGAUCGGAGACCAGGAGGCGCAGGACGGCGCGACCGUCCUCGUCGACACGAAGGACACCGGCGCGGGCGCGGGCGGCGGCGCAGCGCAGCCCUCCAUCGUGCCGCCGCUGCCGGGCGUGCCUUUCGCCACGGGGCUGUUUGGCGCCGGCGGCGCCGCCGCGGCGGUCCCGCCGAGCGACAUGGCCGCCGCUGUGCGCAUCCGACUGCUGGCUCCGGGUGCGCCGCUUCCGCCAGAGGACACGGGGGUCGACUGGGACGAGGGGCCGGAGUCGGCAGCGUAGGUGUGCCUGUACUUUAUGUGUUUCAACUAAAAACAUCAAAAAAGCAAAACAUCCAACUGCAACUAAAUCUCAAACAAACGUCGGCAUGACCCGGAUCUCGUAAUACACCACCUUUGGCUUAUUCGGCUUGCCCUCCACAGACUCCUCCUUGUACUCGCGCAGCUGGUUGGCAAGCUCCUCCGUGGAGCUCGCCUUGGCUCUGGAUGGCCCCGGCUUUCCGCCGCUGCCGGACGGGGCGCCCGCUAGCACCGCUUCGGUCGAGAAACGCGAGUUGGUCUUUUCCUUUGUGGCCUUCCAUGCCGCCUUUUUGUCUUCUGCUGUCACUGCAGGCGAGUCCUUCUGCUCGAGAACCUGCAGCAUGGUGCACGGCGGGAAGAGCACCUCCUCCUCGCCGGCAAACUGCGAGAGCAGCGAGAUGUCGGCGCCGUGGUGGAAGCCCGUGUCUCCCUCGCAUGACGGGCGGAGGCUCCACAGCACGUUCGGGCCAUUCUCGUCCAUGUACAUCACCGGCGUCGCGCGGUUGCGGGAAGUGGACAUGAAGGCGGUGUCCGUGGCACAGACCAUGCCGAGCUCGCCCCGCACCCAAAACGAGUACGGCAGCUCGCCGCGCACGCCACGGUAGAGAGGCUUGUCCGCCUCCUCCGGAAGCGUGAUGGCGGAGAGCUUGCGGAUGGCUCGGCAGAGGUGCGCCACAGUGGCGGUGAAGGUCGCCGCCGGGUGCGUCGCGACCAGCCGGCGGAAGCCGCCAGACAAGUUUCCAAUCUCGCGCAGGAAGCGGUUGACGGGCUGGUAGGCUGGGCCAGAGUACAGCCGAACCGCAAGCACCUCCUCGCGCGUCAGAAAGGCGUUGGCCUCGCUCGGCAUCGGCGUGUCUGGGCUCAUCUGCUUUAGCUUCUCGCGCCGCUCUGCAAUGCGCGCGUUAAUGCGAUCGCAAAACUGCACCACGGACAUGCCGCCGUUUUUCUCGUCGCGCGUGCCGGGCGUCUUGUCAGCGGCGGGGACGGCUUCCCCGUUGACGUACUCCCACUCCUCGCGCAGCGUGUACUUGACGUCCUUGAAGUCCGUCCAGGAGUAGUCUCGCAUAAACUCCUGCUCGAGCGUGAGCA